CUUUAAAUUCUUGUUUUAGGAACACUCUUAAAGGCUUUCUAGGGAUAAUGGAGGUACUUAUGACAGAUUUCUGGCGAUAUUUGUAAACAGAUAGGCUUUCGCAACUGCGGUAUAUAAUGUUGGCCAGGAGAGAGCAUUCAAAUUAGAGAGUUCUCAUAGCUGGUGGCGCCAUGAACGAUCAUCAAUUAGUUGUUGCCAAAGUUGUGGUUAUUGUGGUGCUGCUGCUGGUCACAUUAAUCUUCUGCUUUCUGCCCUAUGUCCUCAAUCGUUGGUACAAAUGGACUGAACGGAAUGUGGGCAAUGCUCGGGACUUUCUCGCAGUGCUUUGUCUAUUGAACUUUGGUGGCGGCGUCUUAAUUGCCACCACUUUCAUUCACAUACUGCCCGCGGUGGUUGGCGUUGUGGAUGCACUGCAGCAAUGCGAAAUGCUGGCGACAACGCCAUUUGCGCUGCCCGAGAUGCUCAUGUGUUCCGGCUUCUUUCUGAUGUACGGCAUUGAGGAAUUGAUGUACUUCAUAGUUGGACGACAGCAGCGCAAGAAGCAGGAGAUACUGCAGCAGGCUCUAGAGGAAGGCACAGACAAGGAGCAACAGCAGCUGGAGCAGGUGGCGGAACCCAAUUGGCUGCGUGGCCUGGGAAUCAUUGUGGCGCUGUCGCUGCAUGAACUCUUUGGCGGCAUGUCCAUUGGCCUCGAGGAGAGUGUGCAGAAUACUUGGUUCAUGUGCGGAGCCAUUGCGGCCCACAAGCUCGUCUUGGCCUUUUGCAUUGGCAUGGAGAUUAUGAUGGCCCACACACGCUGGCUAAUUGCGGUCAUCUAUCUGGUUGUGUUCUCCAUUGUGACGCCCAUUGGCGUGGGCAUUGGCAUUGCGGUCAGCGAGACAGCGAGUGCGAAUCAACCCAGCAUUCCGGCUGGAAUUUUACAGGGUAUUGCCUGCGGCACUCUGCUCUAUGUAGUCUACUAUGAGAUUGUCGCCAAGAAUCAUGCUGGCUGGCGCAUCUUCCUCUGCUGCCUGGGCGGCUUUGUGCUCAUGUUUGGGCUGCAAAUCGCAGUGGUCGAAGCGAAGGGUAAAGGUGGCUACGAAUGCCCCAGCCAUGUGGCCAAUAGUGUCAACUAACUUGAAAGUAAUUAACACUUUAAGUAAAAUUGUUUUGAAAGAUUCAAAACAUUCGAAAGCUGCUUGCAAAACUUUUGAUGGCAUCGAUGAACUCGAACUUCACUUAAGCUUAAAGUUUAAUACGAACAACUCGAUGAAUUUUGUUUUCACAUAAAU